AUGUGCUGUCAACCUUAUAAUGAUAACAAAAAUUCAAUAUCGCAAUCAAAUUCGGAUAUUCCUUUACCAGCUAAAUCUGAAAAAAUAACAUCAGAAUCAACAAAAAUUGAUAAUAGACAAUCAUUAUUUUCUUCAUCUGGAAAUUCAAUUGAAAAGCAUGAUAUCGCAAAGAACAUCUCCAGUUUAAAUGGUAUAGCAAAACAUACAAUAUCUCAUAACAGUCCAACGACAAAUGGAAUGGCAGAUGUUUAUCCAACAUCCAUUUCAGAGGAAUCAAUAAAGGACAAAAAUCAAUAUGCAACUAAAAAUAGCUUUCCUCCACUCGGUAAUUCAAUUACAAGUAAUGGUCAUACCGGAAAAACCCAAUCGAACAUUAAUCGUCCAACUAAUGGACAGAUGAUGAAUCAAAAUAACGUUUCUACAAAUGAUGAAACACAAAUCCCACUACCUGACUCUCAAAACCUAAAGCCUACAUUAGCAAAUACGAAUAACAGCGGUGAGAAUGGGAAUCAUUACGUGCCUUCUUCAGACAGCGUUCCCAAAGAUGUCAAUGCAGCUGUAUGUGGUACCCAAUCACAAUCGCAACCAAAAGGUACAAAUAGCAUCUCCACUUCGAACAAACAGCCCGUUCGCUGGGCAGAUUUAUUACGCGAUAAUGGAGAGGCCACAACAACCACCACAACUAUCACUCAAAAGCCUGUAGCAAAGCCACUUAAUUCCAGCAAACAGGAGAAGCCGACAGCACCUUUACCGAACGGAAAGCCGAUCGUAGGUGGACUUGCUGGAGUCACCCUUCCACCUCGUGGACUAGUAAAUAAUGGUAAUAUGUGUUUCAUGAACGCGGUAUUCGGUGAACAUAUUCUGCCCGACUAUGUCUACGAUGCCUUAAGAGGUCUCAAGCGAUUUGAUUCUAUGAAAGGUCGACAAGAAGAUGCCGAGGAAUUUCUAGGAUUUUUACUUGAUGGUUUGCAUGAAGAGUUUUUGAGAGUUUCGAAACCUAGCGUUGCAACAAAUGGACAGACUAAUUUCCAUGAAAAGGUUACGUCCCCGAAAGAUGAUCCCGAGGAUAUUUGGAUGGAAACCGAUAUUGAGGAAUCACCGAUCAGUUGCAUUUUUGGUGGUCAAUUUCGUUCUGUACUUCAAUGUUCAGGUAGCAGCGAUUCAAUAACUCGUCAACCUUACCAGUCAUUACAACUGGAUAUUCAGCCUGAUGAUGUAAAAACCAUCGAAGACGCACUGAAAAAUCUUACGGCUCCCGAGAAUGUUGAAUUUAAAUCGAAAAAGGGUUUGGCACGUGCAACCAAACGGCUGUAUAUCGAAAAACUUCCUCCGAUUCUUACACUCCAUUUGAAAAGAUUUUUAUACGACAAUGUCGGUGGUACACAAAAAUUGAGCAAACAUGUUGGCUAUUCAACAACAUUAUCUAUUCCUCCAGAGUUGAUGGCUCCCGGUAGGCGACCGAGCAAUGCUACAGAAUAUCAGCUUUUUGGUGUUGUAUAUCAUCACGGAAAAUCUGCCACUGGGGGACAUUAUACAGCUGAUAUUCUUCGCAACGACAAUGAAUGGCUUCACAUAGACGAUACUACGAUAUCUCCAAUUUCUGCAGAUGAGGUUGCUGUGAUGGUGGAAAACUCCUCACAAACAACUGACCG